CCUCCCAGAGUGUGGCCAGAAUACAAGCCACCGACAACUGGAUUUCUUUCCUACCUCCCUCCAUCCGCUGUUCCGUAUGCAGAACUCAUCCGACUUGACAAGCCUACCGGAACUUACUAUCUGUUCUUCCCAUGUCUUUUUAGCACACUCAUUGCUGCCACCAUGGCAGCUCCGAUGGCAGCACCCUCAGCAGUCGCCGGCACGACCGCUCUGUUCUUCACCGGCGCACUCGUCAUGCGCGGUGCAGGAUGUACGAUAAAUGACCUUUGGGACCGGAAUCUCGAUCCACAUGUUGAGCGCACGCGCCUACGGCCCAUCGCUAGGAAAGCCAUCAGCCCAGAAGCUGCUAUCGUCUUUACAGGUGGUCAGCUUCUCACCGGAUUAGGUGUCCUUCUCUCGCUUCCCUUCGAGUGCUUCUGGUAUGCGACACCAUCAUUGCUAUUAGUCGCUACAUAUCCUCUGGCGAAGCGGGUAACCAACUACCCGCAAUUUGUCCUCGGCCUCACAUUUUCCUGGGGUGCCAUGAUGGGCUUCCCUGCGCUGGGAGUUGAUCUUCUUUCAAACCAAGCUGCGCUGACAGCCGCCGCGUGCCUUUAUGCCAGCAACAUCGCGUGGACCGUUCUGUACGAUAUGAUCUACGCUCACAUGGACAUAAAAGAUGACGCAAAAGCUGGCAUUAAGAGCAUUGCAUUGAAGCAUGAAAACGAAACGAAGGCUGUCCUAAGCGGUCUUGCCGUCGUGCAAAUCGGCUUCUUAGCCGCCACGGGUGUCGCCGCAGGUAUGGGGCCCGUCUUCUUUGCCGGUGCAUGCGGCAGCGCCGCCGCCACGCUGGGCACUAUGAUCUGGCGAGUCCAACUCAAAGACGUAAAGGAUUGCUGGUGGUGGUUCAAAAAUGGCGCCUGGUUUACUGGAGGCGGAAUCACGCUUGGCUUGACCGGCGAAUACCUUGCGCAAUACCUGGGCUGGUACGACGAUGAGGAAAAGAACGGCGAAGAGAGCAGGGAGCAGUGA